UAUCCCCUCAGUGCAGGUAUGCGCCGUCUAUUAAUGUGGCAGCAGAAGAAGAAGCCUGGCGGUGUGGUCUACCGGCGUGCCCUGCUGAGUGGGGAGGAGGCGGUGCGCGUCGACCCAUUGUAUUCAUGGCGGACGCGUCAACCCGGCAGAGGGAGUCGGCCGCUUCGGGCAGCGUCACCCAACAUUUGAAUCCUGACCAGGCGGCGCCGGCUGAGAAGCCGCUCAAGAUCACCAAGAAGAAAUCGAAACAAGGACUCAGAAGGGUUGUGUCCUGGACGACCGAGACCGUUGACAACGAGAACCUGAACCGAAAAAGUUCAAAGUGCUGCUGCAUCUACGUCAAACCGACCAAGUUCGGGGAGGACUCGGAGGAAGACGUCGACGAAGGGGAUUGCGAAAACUGCCGCGGCCACUUCCCCAAGGGCCGCAGAUUCCACAAAGAUGUCCACAAAGACAAUCCGCACGCUGGGAAUGCAGACUCUGUCCAACGGCAGCCCCAAAAUGCGCCACUCCCUGCGGGGUUGGGUCCGGAACAUCCACCUCGGUAACAUCAGCUUCCUCCCCACUCAUUUGAGUGCAUACGACACACCGCUAUCCAGGCGCUUUGCCUAGUGGCGAGUGCGUCGGGGAGUUGCUGCGACGGCUUCAAAUUCUAUAUGCGCAACCGCUAUGAAAUUGUGCUGUCUGGGCUUCAGAAGCAGCAUCUUCCAUAGUAAGAGUCACAGAGGUCGCCGCCACCAAGAAGCAUUAGAAGGUGACUCUGGCAGACCAAAGCACGGCGAAUUGGGCAUUCAGGUGCAGUGAUAUUUGACGAGCGUGGUGGGAGCCUAAUGUAGUCGUCGUGAAUUAGUGACCUGAUGCGAUGAAAUUGCCGCAUCUUGCUAUCUCAGCUGGGCCGCACAGAUAUAACUACAAAGGAGCAAAUCCAGGCCUUCUGCAUACAAGUGCGUAUCAUGACUGAGUGCACCUACAUGACGUUGUUAUAAGGCAGCAACACUUUUGGGGUUACGCGGUAGGCUCCAUUCACUACAAGGAAGAACUCUUCUCGCGCUAAACAUAGGACACUGGGGAGCAUCAGGACAAGUUUUCGGUUGGCUGCAUACAAAUAAACAUGGUAGCGCCAGGACUCUGAGCGAUAUGCUCUAGAAAAUUUCAUUUAGAACGUAGGUAAUUGACGUUCCAUAGCGAUAUGAGGAUGCGUACCUGAAUACAUGCACUGUGGCUCCAUGUAUGUUCAAAGCGAUGAUCGAGUUCCUUUUAGAAAUUGUGUAUUUAUAUGACAGCAUGUUUCUCUGCCACUGAUCGUGCAUUUACAGUGACCCUGCUUUCUGCUUAAGGAAUUUGUUAAAGCACUUGAUUAUGGGU